UGGGAGAAGCAGAAGUAGAAACGGGGAAGCGAGAUUAUGAAAUAGAGAUGCAAACGGAUGAGACAAGAUCAAAUGUCGUGCAGGUAAAAUUUGCACUUUCACCCUUUCUGUCUAAAACACUUCUAUUGUGUGCUGAUGUGAGUUAAUGCUGUGUACGCCAGCACCACCAGGCACACCUGACUUUGUAUGUGGUAAAAAGCGGUUCUUCAUGGCGUGCUGCGUCUUCCAAAUCAUCUGUAUUCUUAUCAUCCACCUGUGGCUCUCACCCCUAAUCAGCAGUAACACAAACGAAAGUGAUCUGGACUGUAUCCCUUCUAUCAUGGUGCCACGGAACACAGUGUGGAAAGCUCCUGUAAUGAAGUCCCUGACGAUCAACUGUACUGUAGACAGUGAAUCACACUGUUGGAAGAACAUAAAUGUCACAUGGUGUAGAAUUGAUGAUAAGAAUGAAUGCAGAGCUUUGAACCGCUCCAAUUACACCACAAACGAAUGGGAAAAAGUUAACAAAAAUAAAAGAUUGUUGUUCCUGAUUUUCCAUAACAUAUCCAUGAAGGAUGCAGGUCUUUACAGAUGUAGAAUAAAUUCACCGACACCCACUGUCAGCCAUUCUAUCAAUGUCACUGUGACAGAUUAUGUUCCAGAUUGUAACACUGACUCCAAAGUUGUAACCGUAGAAAACAAUACAACAAACAGUUCAAAUCCGAUUGUUGCAAAAAAGGAACCGCUACAGCCCUACGUGUACAUCUACAGUGGGAUUGGUGUGCUGCUGCUCGUAGUGGUUGUUGUGUCUGUAAUUGUCAUCUGGUGUCGAGGGCAGAAAAAAUCAAUUAAAGAAAAAAUACAUGAGAAUCAGUCCACAGCAACUCCAGUGGCUGAUCUUGCUCCACCCAUAUAUAAUCCCAGGGAGUCUCCACGUAGCAAAACCCAAACUCUUCCUGCCCAACUCAGUCCACCAACACCCUCUAUCUAUGACAUCCCUCCUGUAAGAGUGACAUCUCUAAGAGACCGAUCAUCAGCAGGAGGACAUCCUGUAAAUCGGGGAUCACCGAUUCGAUGCCACAACCGUGACACUGUGGAAACGGAGGAAGACGAGAAUCCUUUGAUAUAUGCCACCCUAAAUCAUGGGGCUGUGCCACAGAGACCUGUUAGAGUUGCUCAUGUACAGAUUGAGGCAUCAGAAUAUGCUGCCAUUAAAGUCACUUAACUCUAAGUCCUAAUGCUACAGAGAACUGACCAGAGGCCAGUUUUGUGUUUAUUUCCCUAACUGUUAAAGUCUGGGCUCAGAACUUUACUUAAGGAUUUUGCUGUAGGUCUAUUGGUUGACUGCAUAGGCAGCGUAGACCUAUUUGUUGACUAAAUUCUGUUUGUUCACAAUAUUCAUACAUCAGCUAUAUUGCUUGUGACAGCGUGCUCAGUGUGGAAUGAGGGCUAGUUGUCACUGAAACCAAUGUUCAUACCAGCCGUAACUAUGAUCCAUACCAAAUAAGACCAUGAGCCAUACCAAGCGAGAAUGUGAUCAAUACUAACCAGGACCGAACCAAGACUAAGGCCCAUAUCAACCAAGAACAUGAGAAUACCAACCUACGCAACACCAAGGCCUAUACCAGCAGAGCACAUGGAAAGGCCCAAGCCCAUACCAACUGAGAUCAAGACAAGCUUGAGAUGCAUACCAACUGAGAUCAAGACAAGACCAAGAUCCAUACCAACUGAGAUCAAGACCAAGACAAGACUAAGGCCCAUACCAACCAAGACCAAGAAAAGAUCCAGGCCCGUACUGACCAAGACCCAUACCGAACAGGAACCAAGGCAGGACCAACACAUAAUUAUCAUUUCCCAUGUUUAAGACUUAUUGUCAAGACCAAGACAAUAUGCAACAAAAUGUGAUAAGACCAAGGUCAGGACACAGUGAUCUCAAGAAAGCUCUUGGUCUUGAAACCAGUGUUGUAACUGGACAACUCUGGGUGUGAUUGAGCACAUAGAAAAGGGAACCAAAAACAUGGAUUUCCAAAUAUACUGAAAUUAUGUCUUGCUGUUUCAAAAAUACAUCUAAAUACUAUGUGAAAUGGAUGAUCAUGGUGAGGUUUAUGUCCCACAGACUUGGCUUCAAGGGGACAAAAAUACACAAAAUAGUUGGUAAUAAAGGAAAAAGCUUCCAUUCCAAGCCUA